UUCAGGGAUGUAUCCCACCCCUGACACUGGACUUUUUAUUUGGCAAAUUAUGGUUUCUGGGAAGAGCAAUAUCCCCAUGUUGCAAGUCCAUUAAACAUAUGUGUGUGUGUUUAGGAAGUUUAUAAGAUACCUGGUUUUUAUAUGUCUUUGUAAUGCCUUAUGUUCUCAUCAUCCCCCCCCUUUUUAACUUCUUCCACCAUUAACACUUUUCAUCCCCCAUAAUCAUUUUGUUCAAUUAUUCCCUCCUCAAGAUCUUCUCUUUCCUAGGACCACAGUUUCUUAAAUAUCUUCAGCUGCAUUAGAAAAUUGCUUAUCACCCACAUCUUCUACCCAACAGCCCCAAGGAACACUGCCAUCAAGUGCCUCUUUGGUCUCUCCAGACCUCCUAUUGGUCCUGUUAUAAAGUCUGAUAAUCUUAGGCCUCACCAAGGGUACUGUUCUCUCCCUGUUAUGUCAGACAGCUACUGUACUCAUCUGUUGGGAGAGCAGUGCAGUGAUGCCCUUAGCUGAAGGACACUUCUCUCAUUCCUGCCUGACUCCUGUUGUUUUCCUUCCUCCACCUAGAGUGAAAUCAGAGAGCUCCUGGCACAGCAUUUAUAUUCUUGACAGUUCAUAGUUCUUGGGCCACACAAACUAAUGUUCUGGAUUCCUUUACCAUAGAAACCAAGAAAGCAGCAAGUCAGGUUGCUUCUCAGAGGCUCCAGCUCCAGAGUCCCAUUCUUGGAAGUCCCAGCUCAAACCCACCUCCUCCAGGAAUUUCCCCAUACUCUGCUCAGAACUCAAUGUACCUUCCCCAGGACAAUUUAUUUCUUGCUGUUUUAUGCUGAGACCAAAGGACAGCUUCCUUCUGCCUCUCCGCAUGCUCUCCAUUCUCUCUACUAAACAGCCAUCACAGUCUUGCCUCCAUGUGUGUGAACAAAUACAACAAGAGGAGAAAGUGUCCUCACAAGACAGAUGAUAUCACAAAAGGUGUCAAAGGCUGUCCAGGGCACAAAAAUUCAUAGGGAAUAGUAAGGUCACAGAAAACUGCCCUUGUCUCCCCACUCCCCUGUUCAACAGAAGCUAAGCUUUCCUUUCCAGAAGCCUUUCCUGGGAUCCAAGAAAAGCCCUUUAGUACCUCCUCCUGUCCAAAGCAAGAAGCCUGCUUUUCACUUUUAUGAUAAGAAUGAAAUAAGUUGAAAUUUCCGGCAGCACUUACAGCCAAAACUAACAUGCUAUGCUCUAUUUCUGUACUUCUGUGGACUUCCUGCAUCAGCUAAAGCCCCUCUUCUCCUUAUCUUCAGAAAAGUACACUUGCAAAUAGUUGUUCUUACCUUAUUGUUCCUACUUCUAUAAACUUGAUUGCUGAAGAGAAACUCCUGUUUAGAGUCCUCCAUCAGAUACGCUAAAAUUCAAACCCACCGAUAAUAGGAAAGGUCAAAAAUGAUGCUGAAUAGCCUGUAAGCAUUGUGAAACACUCCAGAUUGGGGCCCAGCCUCUCAGUUUAUUAGCUCAACUGCCCCAUAGGUACAAUAAACCUAAGUGCUCAACAUUUCCGAGUGUCUGGUUUUUGCAACAAUGAUAAACCUCUCACUAAAUUAUCUAUUGGGAACUGAAAAUUCACUUUUCAAAUACUGCCUAGAAAUGGCUCUUCCUCUCCUCAAAAUUUCCCUUUUAUCAAGAUGAGAAGAAAAAGGCUACUGAGAAGUUAUGUUCAGAUGAAGGCAGAGGAAGAAAGAUCAGUCUCCUUAAUUGAACAAGCACCUGGGAAAGAUCUACAGGACUGGCUCUUCCGGGAAGGAAUCAUCCCAAUACUCCAAAAUCAAUGAGCUGGAGGAGCAGAUGACAAAGUUGGAGAAAAUGAUCAUUCAGCUACAGAGGAUGACCUGUGAGAGGGAUGAACUGCGUGCAAUCCUGGCUCAUUAUACUGACAAGAAUUUGAACAACAGGUUCAAUUUUGAAUUUGCAAUCCUGAAUCUGGAACAACAGAAAAUGAUGUCAGCUCUGCAGAAAUUGCCCCAGGAGUUAAGUGGGGCCUUGGACAAGUACAAGGUGCUGACUAAGGAGACUGAAUCUUUCAGCCUUCAUCACUGCCAGCUCAUGACUGACUGGACUAAGCUGACGCUGCAAGUUACCACAUUGAGAAAGAAGAACAGAGAGCUGCAGAGGAAGCAUAUUGUGCUGCAAAAUUCCUGUCAGGAGAAAAACAGGAUCUGUGUCGAGGCCCUUGAGAAGAUGUGUGGCCUGUGUGCUAGGAAGCAGCAGAAACUAAAAGCAAUAGAGAAAAGAAUCCAGGACCUACUGGAACAGAAAAUGCUGGACAGCCAGGAAAGGGACUUGGCAGAAAAGAUGCAGCAUCACACUGAUGUCAUUGAGAUGAGGUCUGAAAUACUCCAGUCUGACCUGGAAGGAGCCACAGCCCAGGAAGAGAGCUCCCCACAGACAGAGCUUCUGCAGCCGGACAACUGAGUUUUCCAGGCAAUUGAGCGACUAUCCCAUCCCAUCCUCAGCAACUCUGCUCCUUUGAGAGAACUGAGGAGACAGUAAAAAAGAAAGAAAGAAAGAAAGCCACAGAGAAGUUGAACACAACAUUUUUUACUCUAUAAUCAAGGGCUCCUCACAAAAAACAAACAAACAAACAAACAAACAAAAAACCCCCAAAAAGACACCCCUUUUGAAAAUGUGAACUCACCUUUGAAUCCAAUAUCAAUUGACUUAUGUGCAUGCUGCUAAAUCUUUAGAAAGAGAAUGUUGUUUAGCUUAAUUUAUUGUUUGACCCAGAAUCUCCAAAACGAUUCUGUACGACAACAGAUCAUCUGGAGGUAUCUCCAUUCCUGAUCUCAAGCUGUACUACAGGGCAACAGUAAUAAAAACUGCAUGGUAUUGGCAUAGAAACAGAAAGGAGGAUCAAUGGAACCGCAUAGAAGACCCAGAAAUAAAUCCACACACCUAUGAAUACUCCAUAUUCGACAAAGAAGCCAAUUCCAUUUAAUGGAAAAAAGACAGCAUCUUCAACAAAUGGUGCUGGACCAACUGGAUGUCUACAUGCAGAAAAAUGAAAACAGAUCCAUAUCUAUCACCCUGCACAAAACUAAAGUCAAAGUGGAUCAAGGACCUCAACAUAAAACCAGAUACCCUAAAUCAAUUGGAAAAAAAAAGUGGGGAACAGCCUAGAACUCAUUGGCACAGGAGACAACUUCCUGAACAGAACACCAACAGCACAGGCUCUAAGAGCAACAAUCAAUAAAUGGGACCUCAUGAAACUGAAAAGUUUCUGUAAAGCAAAGGAUACCGUCAUCAAAACAAAACGACCUCCUACAGAUUGGGAAAGAAUCUUCACUAACCCUUUAUCUGACAGAGGACUAAUAUCCAGUAUAUACAAAGAACUAAAGAAGCUGAAAAGCAGCAAUCCAAGUAAUCCAAUUAAAAAAUCGGGAACAGAGCUAAACAGAGAAUUCUCGACAGAGGAAUAUCGAAUGGCAGAAAAACACUUAAAGAAAUGCUCAUCCUCAUUAGCCAUCAGGGAAAUGCAAAUCAAAACGACCCUGAGAUAUCACCUUACACACAUCAGAAUGGCCAAGAUGAAAAACUCAAGUGAUAACACAUGCUGGAGCGGUUGUGGAGAAAGGGGAACCCUCCUCCACUGCUGGUGGGAAUGUAAACUGGUACAACCACUCUGGAAAGCUAUCUGGCGCUUUCUAAGACAAAUAGGAAUAGUGCUUCCUCCAGACCCAGCUAUACCACUGCUAGGUAUAUACCCAAAGUUUGUUCAAGUACACAAAAAGGACACUUGCUCAACCAUGUUUAUAGCAGCUCUAUUUGUAAUAGCCAGAACCUGGAAACAACCCAGAUGUCCAUCAACGGUGGAAUGGGUACAGAAAUUAUGGUAUUUUUAUACAAUGGAAUACUACUCAGCAAUCAAAAAGGAGGAAAUCAUGAAAUUUGCAGGCAAAUGGUGGGAUCUAGAAAAGAUCAUUCUGAGUGAAAUAUCCCAGAAGGAGAAAGACAAACAUGGGAUAUACUCACUUAUAUAGACCUAUAAGAUAUGAUAAACAUAAUGAAAUCUAUACACCUAAAAAAGAUAAUCAAUUGAGCUGACAUGGGGUAAGAUGAUCAAUCCUCAUUUAGAAAGACAGAUGGGAUGUGCAUUGAACGUAUGACAGGAGUCUACUGAGCGCAUCUGAAAGACUCUAAGUUGCAGUGUUUUCAAAGCAAAGACUCAUGACCAAACCUUUGGCAGAGUACAGGGAAUCAUAAGAAAGAAGGGGAGUUAGUCUGAUGGGGAAAGGAUAGGAGCUCCACCAGGACCAAAUAUAUCUGGGCACAGGGUCUUUUCUGAGACUGACAUUCAACCAAGGACCAUGUAUGGAUAUAACCUAGAACCUCCACUCAGAUGUAGCCUGUGGUAGCUCAGUAACCAAUUGGUUUCCCAGAGUGAGGGGAACAGGGACUAUUUCUAACAGGAACUCAAUGACUGGCUCUUUGGUCUCCCCAUCCCCGAAGGGAGGAGCAGUCCUGUUAGGCCACAGAGGAGGGCUUUGCAGCCAGUCCUGAAGAUACCUGAUAAAACAGGAUCAGAUGAAUGGGGAGGAGGUCCCCCCUAUCAGUGGACUUGGAAAGGGGCACG